AUGCAUCGAGGAACGUGGAUCAUGUCGUUAUCGGAAGUUGGAGUUGUCAUUGGAGGGGGCUUCUACGGGACCGCGAUCGGCAGAAAUUCUUCCGAUGUACGCGAAGAAGCCCCUUGUACCAUCCGGCCAAAGUGCGCUCAAGGAGAGGCUCCGAAGAAGUGCAAGCGUGCCCCAUACGCCUCCAAGACCUUUAUUGGCUCCGUGGCUGAUCUUCUAGGACGCGGCGCACAGAAAUGUCGCAAAGAACGUCCAUCGGAACCGGACCCAGUAUCGAUAUCCUUGAUUCCUGAAGUUCAUCUCGUUUGGAAAGGACCUUCCCACGUAGAGAAUGAGGACGGGCGAUGCGUUCAUCUAUAUUUGCCUCUGAUCCCCGGAUGGACGCACCCUGAAAGAGCGCAUGGCGAUGUUAUCGAUGUCAAUGGCGGCGAUGUCUAG